AUGAUUAUCUCAUCCCUCAUCCUCGGCCUGUUAGGCCUAUAUGCUGUGGAUUAUUUCCGUCGGCUUCUGAAGAAUAUCCGACUGGCUCGGCGCACGAAACUUCCAUAUAUCGUACUUCCUGUUUCUGGCAGUGCUAGUAUCCCGCUGAAGAUCCUGUGCGGUUUCAAAUGGUUUGCAGAUGCCAUCAAUUACCACCUCCCCGGAUGGCUCGCUGAUAUUGUAAAUGAUGCGACCUACGACUUCCGGUGGACCGUCAAGGAUCGGCGGGCAAAGGAGCUUGGAAACAUGUACCUGAUCGUAACGGCGGAGAAGAUCGACUGCAAUGUUACGGAUGCCUCGGUUGUGACUCAGAUAUGCAACGCUCGCCAGAGCUUCCCAAAGCCGAUAUGGCAGUAUAAGAUUCUGGACCUGUACGGACCAAAUCUAGUGACGUGUGAGGAUCAAGCGUGGGCUCAUCACCGGCGGCAUACAGCGCCGCCAUUUAAUGAGAAGAACAAUGCGCUGGUCUGGCAGGAGAGUAUCCGGCAGACGACAGAAAUGAUCGACCAUUGGCAAAGAUUGCACUCACCAGAUGAUAAGCAGGGGUUUGUGGUUGCAAACACCCGGGAUGACUUCUUGAAUCUCACUCUAAACGUUCUGUCUGGAGCUGGAUUCGGGGUGAGGUUACCCUUCAAACCAUCUCUCCAGAAUCCAAUCGACGGCCCUGAUGAUAUUUUCCAAGACACUGCCAUACCACCGAAGGGGUUCGGCUUCACAUUUCGAUCUGUUAUGGCCUAUAUGAAUGUGAACAUCCCGACUGUUGUUCUGGCCAACAUUGUACUGCCAAAAUGGAUCCCUCGAGCAUUGGUGCCAUGGUUAAAGCCCGACUUUGAGGCGCACAGAGAUCUGAAGGCAUACCUGCAGAGGCUGAUCGCCACUGCAGCACCCGAGAAGACGGCCAACAGUAGCCCGAAUCUGAUCAAGGGCUUGUUAUUAUCUCGAAAUCAGGAUGCAGGCAGCAGCACGACAAAGGAUUCAGGCCUUACUGACUUGGAGAUCAUUGGAAACAUGCACAUAUUCACCAUUGCAGGACACGAGACAACAGCAACCUCGCUGAGAUUCGCAUUUUUGCUCUUGGCUCUUCAUCAAGACGUACAGGACUGGUUGUAUGAGAGCAUUCUAGUGGCAGCGCAGGGAGAACCUGCCGACGUCGCGAAGUGGGAUUACUCUCGCAUGUUUCCCCAGCUCAUUGCCCCGUUGUGCAUCAUGCUUGAGACCAUGCGCCUCUACCCACCAGUUGUGACAGUCCCCAAAUCCACGUCCGAGAACCCAUACCCACUCGAAUACCAUGGCAAGGAAUACAUUUUACCACCUUUUACCAACAUCAACCUGAAUUCCAGCUCCCUUCACUACUUGGAAGAAUAUUGGGGCCCAGACGCUGCACAGUUUUACCCCCAACGAUGGGACGCGAGAAAUCAGGAAAGCUUCCUCGCAAAGAACACCCUCACGCCGGGCCUCGCGGGACCGGGGUUGGAGUACGCCACAGUCCACAAACCCACCCGGGGUGCAUUCAUCCCAUUCAGCGAUGGAUUCCGCGCGUGCCUGGGGAAAAAGUUCGCGCAGGUUGAGUUUGUUGUUGCGUUGGCGGUCUUGUUUCGCGAUUAUAAGGUCGAGCUGGCAGAUGACGGUCCAGGAGCUCGAUUGGAUGCGGAGAGAGUGCUGCGUGAGAGUGUAGCGGUGCUGACACUGGCGAUGAGGGAGAAUAUUCCAUUGAGGUUUAGGAGGAGGAGUCACUGUGAUGGAUUGUAG